AUGAGGAAGUCGCCCCACGACACGUCGUCACGCUUGCAAGAGCGCGUUCUCAUUAAGUACAUGGGAUUCGCCGCGCGACAGACGAAACCAAACCCACUUGUGCGCAAGCGUGAGGAAGGUCAGCAGACGAGACGUCAGCUUUUCUUGAAGAACGUCCGCGGUCGAGCAGAUGAGAAGGCCUUUGAGAGGAGAUCCAUAGAAGGACACGCUAUCCGAAGGUGGCAUGAGGAGCAACAGCAAAUCUUUCAACAAAGGGAGAAUGAUGCUGCCGGGAUGCCAACCGAAAGAGAUAUCGAAGAUGCGGCCAACCUAGCGGACCAACAAUUCUCACAGCAAAUUUUCGAAGAUGUUGAUUCUUUGAUGGCCGAUGAGGCCGCGAGACAAGAACAACUCGAGCUCGAGGCGCUCCUCGCCUCCUACGAGUCUCCCAUUCCGGUCUCCAAUGCUCAACCCUUCUCACAACGACCUCCAUCCAUCUAUAUCUCGGAUGAUGAGGAGUACGACCAGAUCUUCAUGGAGCUAGCCGGAGACGAGACUGUGCUUGUAGAGGAUAUGGAGAUGUCAUAG